AUGGAUCCGUCAAACUAUGGACACGGCUAUGCUGGGCCGUCUGCUGGAGGCUACGACCCCUCCGGCGCGCCCUCGAGGCCAUUCAGCAACCCGCCGCCUGGAUCGGACGUGCCCGUCAAGCUGACUCCGAUCACCGGACGGGUCAGCCGCGCAAAGAAGGGCAUGAAGGUCCACACGUGCGAUAUCUGCCGUCCUCCCAAGACCUUCACCCGUGCCGAGCACCUGAGACGACACCAGCUCAGUCACGAAACUCCCCAGUACGCGUGCGCUGUGCCAGGUUGCGACAGGGCGUUUCACCGAAAAGAUCUGCUUGAGCGUCAUCAACAACGACAUGAACUGGAAGGCGACAAGGCGUCGAGAGGAGGCGCGAGCCGCAGGACUUCUGCCGGUUCUAUGGAAGGAGGCGUCCGUGGUCUUGGGCUCCAGCACCCCAUGAUGGGCUACCCACCGAAUGCAUCGACCCCGGUCCAAGGUCUCCCGAUGACGCCGAACAUGUCCAACUCCGGUCCCUACCAAUCGAUGGGCGCACCCGACAUGAGCAAGUCAAUGUCUCCUCACAUGGGCCAAGAUUACCGCUCUUCUCCAGGCGGUUCUGGCUAUGGCGGAAGCUACUCCUUAUCCGCGCAACAACCUAUUGUUCAACACUCUCCCCACGGCUUCCACACCCCUCCGACAUUCUCCACGGUUGAUUACAGCCAGCCGCGCACAACACCGGAGUUCCCUUCGUUGUAUCUUCAGACCAAUGGACUGGGUAUUCAAAUGCCUGGUUCCGACGGACCGCCCGAGCUCUCGCAUACCCAAGACAAUGCCGCAUGGCCAUCCUCUGCUUCCGACAGCACUUACUCUACACCCUCUGAUCACUCUCGCCGCGGCGCACUGUGGCCAACGGCAAGGCCCAAUACGGAAUGGUCUGGCAACCUCCUCACGCCCUACAGGGAGGCCAGCCUCGAUGCCAUUGCGACAACCACUCCGAUGUUCUAUCAAUAUUCGCCCUCGCCCCAAAUCAGCAACUCUCAAGUUUUCCCCAUGAUUGAUGUAUCAAUGUCGGGAUACUCGGACGAGCAGACGCUUCUCGACCCCCACCAAGAACCACGAUAUGUCAAUACUGUUCGUAGCCUGACCCCGCCGGUGACAUCGGCAUCGGCUCAAUCAUCUGAAAUUCUAGUCACCCCGUCGACUGCACUACCAUCAGACCGGAUGAUGAACUCACUCGCCUGUUUGGGCCGCCAGAAAGAGGUGGCGUUGGGCCUCCUGGCGGCCCCGGCCCUGAUGCAAGGCUCCUUGCCUUUGCCUCCUGCAAAUGUCUACAAAGCCAUUCCCAACUACCUCGAGGUCUACUGGGACAAGGUUCAUCACCUUUUCCCCGUUGUUCACCGACGGACCUUCGAGGCCGCUGCGGAGCAGAUUGACGUGCUCCGCUGCGCCAUGGCUGCAGUAGCUACCCAGUACAUGGGUACCAAGGAGGAUCGCAUCAGGGGGAAUCAAUUGCAUGAAUAUGCCUGGCAACAGUCCAGACGCAUCCUCCAAUGGGAUGUAUCUGUCAUGCAAACGAUUCUGCUGUGUGAGUACUUCAACCGAUUCCGCGGUAGACGAGCGGCCAUCCGGCCAUCGAAAGAAUUCGAAUCGAUUUACACUAGAGUAUCCGACAGCUCCAUCUUCGAUCCAGUUCCAAUGAACGGCGCCAAUACCGUCAGAUGGCAUACUUGGCUUCACACGGAAACCCGCCGCCGCCUUCUCGCUGCCUUCUUCGUUUUGGAUACACACAGCUCGGUAUACCUGGAGCAGCAGCGCAUCCGGGACUUCGAUAUCGUCGCGAACGGCGUCCCCAAUAUCCCCCUUAUCGGUCCGACCAACGAUCUCUGGGAAGCAGCCAGCGCCGAUGCCUGGGCUGCCAUGGUAACCUCUAAGGGCGAUUCCCUCAACGAGCCGCCCAUGCUUUCUAUAAUCAACCCAGACACCCUUUCUGCGAACAGCGUCAACACCCAUGUCCCUUUCGACCGUGCCGUUAUCUUAGCCUUGGAGACUCUGCUUCUACCUACCCGGGACGACCCCGCAAAGCUCUCCCGCUCUUCCUCGGAGAUCACGGAACCAGAGACGUACCGCAUGGCGAACAUCUUUCCGGACUGCCCCGUCGCAAACACCUACCUCGCCCUCGCUCACACCCCUCUCCACGACCUCCUCGCCGCCUCCGGCGACAGCUGGAUCUUCAGCCAAAAAGUCCUCGAAGUGAAGUCCUUCACCGAUCACCAGAAGCGCCUGGCCAAGUGGUGCGACACAGGCGACGCCGCCGUCGCCGUCGCCUUCGCCUGCCGUGCCCUCCGCGCCUUCACCGAACACGGAAAUAUCGAAGAGGACUCGGACGACGAGGACGACUGGGACAUCGGCCGCCCCAGAAUGUGGAGGGACGACAUCUCGGACUACUGGGGCAUGUACGUCUGCGCGCUCAUCUGCUGGGCCUACGGUCACCGCGAUUCCCGCGACAGCCCUCUCGACCACGCAGACGAGAGCUCAGCGCUUAGAUGGGUGCGCACCAUCGCAAGCAUGCGCGCCAGAGAUGUCCUCCACCUGAGGUCCAAGAAGGACGCGAUUUCAGUUGUCGCGCUGGUGAGAAGGUGGCUCGACGUGGACUGCAUCGGCGGGCGCAGCCGCCUCUACGUCGACGCCGUCGGCGUUUUGAAGAAGCUGGAGGAGGGCGUGACUUGGAAGUGGUUCUAA